AUGAAGAAAGAUGAAUCAAAUGAGUAGGACUAGAUUCCGCUUAAUAUUGAAAAACGAUCCUCUUCCUAACCGAUUGGCAUUAUCAAAAUUGAAAAUGAGAAGGUUUGGCUCUCUUUCAAAAAAAUCCAUCAUUACAAACCAGAUUCUGCCAUACUACCUUAUCAAAUCGUCAAAUAAAAUUACCCAGAUUUAGUUGCAGAGAGAUUACUGUAUGAAAAAUUGCAAUUUGUUGGGUUCACCUAAAACACAGAAAAUUAAGAAUAAGCAUGCAUUUUCGAUUUUAAUGGUAAGGAGUGUUUGGUUAAAUGGCUUCCAUCUUAACUAUUUUCUUGGAUACCAGUUGCACAAGCAGAUCCAUUAAAUCUACUUGAUUUUUUUGAAACAUAAAAGAUUUAUAAAGUAUAUUGA